UCUAGAGCCUGUUGCUCUGCAACAGGAGAGGCCACAACAGUGAGAGGCCCGUGUACCGGGAAAAAAACAAACAAACAAAAAAAACUGGGCCUUUUGGCGGAGCUCCAGCACUCGUGAGGACAACCAGUGCCCAGUUCCACCACCCACAAAGCCAAAUCAGCUCUUCGGAGCUUCUCUCGAGGACGUGUGGGAUAAUGACCACCCGCCUGCCCCAAUUCUGCUAGGUCUCAUCUUGGUCUUCUGUAGCCCUCCUGAGGAGGGGAGCUCUGAGAGCGCAAGUGUUCUCAUCCAACUCUAUCCUCAAGCGGAGAAGUCAUUAGACAGCCCCUGGCUUUGACUGAGUUUUGUUAGUAUUACUUCAAAGAAUAAGAUCUGAUUUAGGUACUGCAGAGUCAUGAGGCAAAUACAACAGGAAAAGAUACUCUUGUCCAUUCCACUGGUUUCAGCAAAGACCCACCUGCACCUGCUCAGAUCAGUGAAAAUGGGCUCUGUGGAAUCUGAGAGUCCACCUCAUCCUCAUAUUCUCUCAUCUCCUUCCUUGAACUCCACACUCAGUCUCAAGUCUCCUUCAGCUGAGUUUACUCAAUCUUAUGACUCAAAAUAUCUCACAUAGAUUUCAUUUGUAAUUCAAGUGCUUAAGCAUAAAGACUCAUCCCCUGGCAAGUAUGAGUCAUUUAAUCCUGACAGACUGCUUCAGAUGAAAGUCAGAGUUUGACCUGUGUUAUAGCAAAUUAGCAUACUGAAUUGUCAGCGCUCUCCAAGCACUAUACCACAUGCAGGGAAUCUUAUGCUAUAUAUGAAGAAAUUUAUCACACUUUUGAUAGUUACAUGCUAGCUACUACCCCAGUCCUUGCACUUUUCACAGCAAAUUUACGGGGUAACUAUGAUUAUCAUCUUCCCCACUUCAUAAGUGAAAAACAAAAAAGCCUCAGUAAAGUAUGUGCUGUGCCUGAAGUCAUAUAGCAGAUGAGUAGCAUAACAGAUUCCAGAUUCCUUGGAUUACCUGACUCCAAUAUCUGUUACCUCUCCACUCUGUAAGCAGAGGACAUGAAGACACAACAAAAGGAAAUGAAAGACAGAUGAGAAGGGAAUAUGAUCAGAGAAGGAGGAGAGGGGUUUUGAGCCUGUCUUAAAAGAGGGGAGGAAAUACAGGAAGUAGAAAUGGGGUAUACAGUCACUGAAAGGAGAAUAAACAAAUGGGAAAUUAGUAUGGCGAAAAGAUUUCUACACUUAGUAAAGAGCAUCUAUAAUAGGGAAUAAUGAGAAAGGAGCAGUGAAGGAGGAGAGGGGGAUUCUACAAAGGCCUCAAAGCAGAGAAGUUUAACAGUGUGAAUUUACUAAAAAGGAAAAUCUGAUUAAACAAGUGUUUAAAAUGUUUCAGUGUAUGAAUGUAAAAUGGAUUGUUGGGUAGAAAAUAUAUUUGGAAACACUGAAAAAAAAUUUCAAAUGGACUUCAGUCCUUCCAGCUCUAGCACUGUACCCUCAUAUACCCCAGCUCUGUCAAAAAGGGGGCAAGCUUGUGCUCCGGGCUUGCAGAUAGGAAAUGCCACAUAGUUUUCUUUUCUUCCCUAUAGCAUAUGCUUUCCUUUAUCAAUCAAAAAGGGCCUCUCACAGAAGGCAUCUUCAGAAAAUCAGCCAGUAUAAAAUCAUGCAGAGCCCUAAAGGAGAAACUAAACUCUGGGGACAAAGUGAACUUGGAUGAUGAAUCCGUUCUUAUGGUAGCAUCCAUCUUAAAGGAUUUUCUUCAAAAUAUCCACGGAAGUGUAUUUUCAGCCAGUCUCUAUGAUAAAUGGCUUGGUGUUAUUGAUCAAGGGAAUGAGGAGGAGAAAAUAACUGCAACCCAGAGUCUUUUAGACCAGCUGCCAAAAGAGGUAGUUCUCUUGUGAUACCUUUUUGGAGUGUCGCAACAUUCCUCAUCCAAUCAGAUGACAGUUUACACUUUAUCAGUGUGUACAGCCCCAAGCAUUCUUUGCCCGUCUAAUUCUGGCAGCUCAGAAUUAGAAAACAACUUCACAAAAAAGAUUUCUUUUGUACACUUUCUCACUGAAAACUGCCUCAAGAUAUUUGGAGAAGAUAUCACUUCCCUCUUUGAAGAGAGCUCAAUGAGUUGUAAUAACAGUGAUAUCACUGAUAACAGUGAGAAGGCUGCGGUGACAACAAAACAACCUCUUGAAUCCAAGCCAGUGAGAGUGAUAGUGAUUUACAAAAAGGCACAACGGCAGGAUGAUGCCAAGGCCCCAUCUAGCACGGGUCCACCCAGCUACCUGUCUACAAUUUUCUAAGUCACUGAAGAUUAGAAUCUCCACAGUCACACCUGACCCUUCCUUUUUCUUUAUUUCCUAUAAUAUCUCACUUGAGAACUCUUUUUACCCAACAUUUGCAUGAUUUUGUUGAGUCUGGAUUCAAUCCUCAGAUCUUAUCGAGAAAUAAAUUAAUUUCCUGGCAGAAGAAUGAACAUGAGGCACCUUAAACCAAGAAAACCACUUUAGAUCACUGAAUGAAAAAUAAGACCUUCCAAGGUCCCAGCUCAUCCCAUUUGACUUUUUCUUUUUCUUGAUUCCAUAUAUGCCUGUUUGAGAAAAUCUACCCACAAUGUAUCUCUUCUAUCUUCUAUUUCUACCAUAUUAUACUAUAUUUUUUGUAUUGUAUUGUACAUUUUU